CCAGAAAUAUGCAUACAAGGUCCAUCACUCAUGUUUUCUUAGUUUGUCUUCUGUGCUUAACAACUCACAUGCCAUGGUUAUUGGUUUGGAUUUCAUACCCAAAUCCUUGUUUUUUGUAAAGAGCUGAAUUUGAGCUGGAAUAGCAUCCAAAGGAAAAAGCUGGUUUAUUCUCUACAUAAAUGUUCAAUUUCCUUAUACUUUUCUCUCAGGAGAACCUGGCCUUUUAUAUUAACUAACCCUUUUCCUCUGUCUAGUGAGAAAAGUCCAUCCCCAUUAUUGCUAUUUGCUGGAGAAAAAGCACAGCAUAGAAGAGCACCAUGUGGAAGCAGUAAAUGCUAUUUAUAAAUUCAUAUCAGGUUCUAUUUUUCCCUUUCCAUUGGGUUGCUUUGCUCCUCCUUGAAGCAUUUGCAAUAGAACUUUCUGAUGGGGUUCCAUGACAUGGUUAUGCUACUGUUUUCUGCUUGGUGUGUCUUUUAUGUGGGAUUUUCCAGUGCUCAGUUGCAAUCUUCUCAAACCCAAGUGCUUCUCCAGUUGCAAAAACACUUGGAGUAUCCAUCACAGUUGGAACCAUGGAAAGAUCGUUGGACAGAUCUUUGCUCUGUAUCUUCUUCUCCACAAUUGAACCUCACAUGCAAGGACAAUUUUGUGACAGAGCUCAUGAUCAUUGGUGAUAAACCAACAAAAGGUAGGGACUUUCAUGGGUUUGCUAUACCAAAUCAAAUGCUAUCACAGAGCUUCUCCAUGGACUCUCUUGUGGCAACUCUUGCCAGGCUAACUAGCUUGAGAGUUCUUAGUCUUGUUUCUUUGGGAAUUUGGGGAUCACUACCAUCUAGCAUUCAUAGACUUUAUGCACUUGAGCAUUUGGAUUUGAGUUCUAAUUAUCUUUAUGGAUCAAUCCCUCCAAAGAUUUUCACUAUAGGGAACCUUCAAACUCUUAGAUUGGGUGAUAAUUUUUUGAAUGGAACCAUCCCCACCUUGUUCAAUUCAUCAAGUAAUCUGAAAGUUCUAAGCUUGAAGAAUAACAGGUUGACAGGUCAAUUUCCAUCUUCAAUCCUUAGUAUCACCACCUUGAUUGAAAUUGACAUGUCAACCAAUGAAAUAUCAGGGAGCUUGCAAGAUUUCACUGGCUUGAGAAGCUUGGAGCAGUUAGAUUUAAGGGAAAACAGAUUGGACUCUGCACUGCCCAAAAUGCCCCCAAGGUUGAUGGGGAUUUUCCUCAGUAGAAACUCCUUCUCAGGUCAAAUUCCAAAACAUUAUGGUCAACUAAAAAUGCUUCAGCAGCUUGAUGUUUCUUUCAAUGCACUCACAGGAACUGCUCCUGCUGAACUUUUUUCCUUACCCAAUAUCAGUUACUUGAAUUUGGCAUCCAAUAUGUUGAGUGGACCACUCCAAAAUCACUUGAAAUGUAGCAACACACUUAGAUUUGUUGACAUAUCACACAACAGGUUAGUGGGGGUCUUGCCUUCUUCUCUGAGAAAUGAAUUGGAAAAUCGAUUUGUUAAGAGCGAUGGAAACUGCUUAUCUGGGAGUGAGCAGUUGCAUCAGCAUCCAGUGUCCUAUUGCGUUGAGGCUCAUGUGAAGAAGAAAUCACAGAAUUUGGGAAUUUUUGUUGGUAUUGUUGUGGGAACUCUUGUGAUCAUAAUGGUUCUGGUUCUAUGCAUUGUUGUUGCUUGUAGAAAGUACUUCACUCGAGGGAUGUCCGAGCAGCACCUGUUGCAUAAAACAGUUCAAGAUAGCUAUGCAGUAGGGUUCUCUUCUGAUAUUAUUACAAGUGCAAGGUAUGUUUCUGAAACUGCAAAGCUAGGCAAAGAAGAUAUUCCCGCAUGUAGAUCAUUUUCCUUGGAAGAGCUACUGGAAGCCACAAAUAACUUUGACAACUCUACUUUUAUGGGUGAAAAUAUAUAUGGGAAGCUUUACAAAGGAAAACUGGAGAACGGGAUGCCGGUAGUAAUAAGGUGCCUACCUUUGUCAAAAAGGUAUUCCAUUAGGAACUUCAAGCUGAGGUUGGAUUUACUUGCAAAGCUUCGUCAUCAGCAUUUGGUAGCACUCUUGGGGCACUGCAUUGAUGGUGUUAUGGGAGAGCGUAAAGACUCAAAAGUCUUUCUCAUUUAUGAAUUCGUGUCAAAUGGGAAUUUCCAGACCUAUCUCUCUGGGGAUAAUUCUGGCAAGGUUUUUAAUUGGUCAGAGAGAUUGAAAGUUCUAAUUAGUAUUGCUAGGGCCAUCCACUUCCUACACACUGGAAUGAUACCAGGUUUCUUCAAAAAUCGACUCAAGACCAACAAUAUUUUGCUUAGUGAGAAUUGGAUGGCAAAGCUCAGUGACUAUGGACUGUCCAUUAUCUCAGAGGAAAAUGAUGCAAGUGGGGUAAAAGGAGAAAGCCCCAAUUCAUGGCAAAUGAAAACAUUAGAGGAUGAUGUUUAUAGCUUUGGAUUUAUACUACUUGAGGCACUUGUUGGACCUUCAGUUGCUUCUAAAAGAGAAGCAUGUUUGCUCAAUGCAACGGAAUCUUUCAGUAGUCAGGAUGGUUGGAAAAAGAUUGUGGAGCCAGUUGUGCAAGCUACUUGCAGUCGGGAAUCUCUAGUUAUUAUGAUUUCCAUAACAAACAAGUGUAUUUCUCCAGAGUCCUGUAACCGACCAUCCAUUGAGGACGUCCUUUGGAACUUGCAGUAUGCUUCCCAAGUCCAGGCAACAGCUGAUGGGGAUCAGAAAUAGUCACACUGACUUCUGAGUUAUGCUUCAAGCUAUUUCAAAAGAUAACUAUUUCAAGGUUGCAUCGUCUUGAAAUUUCUAAGGUUGUAUUUGUAUUUCUAUGAGCGCACUUGACCAAUUUGAAUGUAAAUACAAACACACCGUAAAAGGGUAGAAAAGUACUCGCAAGCUAGCUGGCUACAUACCCCAAUUGGGUCAACUUUAUCUAGCAAGCAUUUUGAUUUAUAUAGUGUACAUUUAUAUUUAUUGUUAAUAUAUUAUAUUUGAAUCA